UAUGGUGUCAACUUAGUGUAGAGGGUGUAAAGCGUCGUUCGUGUAGCCAGUAACAAUAAUAAAUAAUUGGUUUUCGAUUAAACAACAAGAAUGAAGAGCAGAGCAUUGAUGUGCAUAUGUUGAGAGUGGGUGAUACAACUAUUAUUCCGUUAAAUAUAAUAUUAAUAAUAUCGCCCUUCGUGUAUUAAAUAGAGGUACAACAGAAAGCUCUCGUGUAAAGGAGAACGGAAUGGCAACACUUGAGGAUAAAAUUUUGGGUGAAAAAUUACAAUAUUACUGUAGUAGUUCGAGUGAAGACGAGGGGCAGGACUCGGCAGAUUCCGAAGAUGAUCAAAAGUCGCAGAAGCCUUGUGACGCGACAGCGUCAAGGUCCGAGCAACUGCCUGAGUGUGCAAAGUGGGACGGAACUUCAAGCAACACAGGGCCGAAAGGGGUCUUGGGUGACUGGCAGAGGUUUAAACAAAUGGAGGCAGAGAAGAAGAUCGAACAGGAGAAGGAGAGGAUCGAGCUGCUGAAAAAGUUGAGUUUGACGUGCAGGAGUGCUCUCGACGAGGAAAAAGAUAAACUUGAAGAAACUGAUCCAGAGUUGGCAGACUUGAUGAACGACGAAUUUUUACUGAAUUAUCAGAAGCAGAGGAUGAUGGAAAUGCUCACUCAGGCUGAAAAACUUAGAUUUGGCCGGUUAUUCAACUUGGUAAAUGCUGAUCAAUUUCUGGAGGCCAUCGACAACGAACAUGAAUCUGUUACCAUCGUUAUUCAUAUUUAUGAACCUGACAUAGAAGGAUGUGAGACUAUGAAUGGCUGUCUACUUUCACUGGCCGUCGAAUAUCCCAACGUCAAAUUUUGUAAAAUUCAAGGGUCCGCUGCAGGCUUGAGUAGGCACUUCAAAAAGGAGGGAGUUCCAGCACUGCUUGUUUAUAAAAAGAAACAGGUCAUAGGUAAUUUUGUUCGUGUCACAGAUCACCUCGGAGUUGAUUUUUAUUCUUCCGAUGUUGAACAUUUUUUAAUCGAGCAUGGAAUGAUUACUGACAGAAACUGUGUUCCAUCAAUUGUUUUUACUAAGGCAAAUGCAGAUUCAGACAGUGACUAGAAA